AUGGCGCAAGUGUUCCAUUGGAAGGCGCUUAAGAAUUUGCUAACGAGCGACCCCGAGCUACGGAUACUGAAGACCAAGCUGAUCGGAGAAAUCCAAGGCCCCACAUAUCCUUUAAAGGCGGCACCUUAUCCGCUGAGAGGGAUCAACGCGAUCGUCCAGAUACUACAGGAUGCUGGAUACGUCGCUGGGGCAUCCGAUGCGAACAAAUUGCUGGAAUGCGAUCAGGAUCAGAUGAUCCAUGCGUUUCGAUCGCUGUGCGACAAGCUAAUUACUCUGACGGAAAAGUGCGAAUCCGCGGAUCAAGCGGCUGCCACGAUCGCCGAUAUCCCGAGUGAGUAUCAUACCGGAUCGUCACAAUAUGCCUCGGCGGAAUCAGAGAUGGAGUCGGACGAUUCCGUCGGCACCCAGCGAAUGUCUCUAGGCCCAAGUGGUGCAGCACAUCUACGUGAUCGAGUCGAGUCGGUGAAGCUGAACUCGCGAUCGAAGGCCACAGGCGCUAAAGAGGAGUUGACGACUACUACGUAA